AUGCUACGUGGCACACGGCUCAUGUUGAUGAUGCAGUUGCACUCUCUCCCAACGCCAAAUCCUUCUUGUUACACUUUUCAUAUCCCAUCAUCCACGUACGACAACUUUAUUCCGGAUGGUCAGACAUGCGAUGUUGCGCAUAUGGGCCUUGCGUGGGUUCAUCCGCUUAGUCAGGGUAUCUUCGAACAGUACCCGCAGGAGGUAGCGAGUGUCUUCAUUGCUCCCCGGCAUACGUCCAUAACGGUACAUCCCCACGUCGACUGGAAUAAAUUGGAGUGGAGUAUCAGUUCUUUUAUCGGGCAUUACCUUGUCUUCACAAACGCAUGCUUUCCUGCCGCAGCAGAAUAUGCUUUGCUUGAGGAUGACCUUGUGAUCCACGAGGAUGACUCAGAGGUUUUGCAGUGCAUUAAGGAGUUGGUGCGGGAACAGGUGCGCCCAAUGGUUCAGCGUGACGGUGGUGACGUGAAACUCCUUAACUUCAACGAAAAAACAGGCGUUGUAUCACUUGCUAUGCUCGGUGCGUGCCGCACCUGUCCAUCAUCACAAAACACGUUAAAGGAUGGUGUGGAGCGACUAUUGAAGCACUUCUUGCCGGAGGUGAAGGAAGUAGUGGAGGCGAAAGGGCAUGCAUUCUACGAGGAAUACGGACUUUUGUUUGAUUCGGAGAAGGCACUCCGCGAAGAAGCUGCUCGUGUAGACGCAGUGCGCCGGAGAAAAAUUUCUAUCUACACCACGGCGCCACUCAUGCCUUUCGAGGCGUUGAAUGAGCCCGAUGGGGAUGAGUGA